AUGAACGAUCACAUCAACAGAUUCAAUAGACAGCCAUCUAUUGUAUCGUACAAGUCUAUAGAUGAUCUAAUAAUAUUGAAGGAUUGGUUUUAUAAUUUCAAUGAAUCUCGUGAUCUCAGGAAAAAAGCUAUAGAUAGAGUUAAGGCUAUAGGUUCAAGAGGGAAGUUACCUCAUUGUAUUGAGUCCACAUCAUUUUUAACAUCCAUUUGUUUAACAGAUCCUAAGUUUCAGACGAAAUCAUCCACUUCCCCAGAUAUCCAACAUGAUUCCAAUGUGUUACAACUAUCAUAUUCCAUGGCACUUGUGCGGUUUGUUAAUGGAUUAUUGGAUUCUUUACAACAAUCGAAUUUCGCUAUACCAUUAUACCAAUUAGCUAAAGGAUUGAAAGUGCCGAGUUUUUUCGUAGAAUUAAGACAUAUGGCUACUCAUGAAAAGCUUCCUAGUUUGGUAAUGUUGAGAAUAGCUGUGAAGGAUGCUUUAAAUUGGUUGUAUGAUAAUUAUUGGAGUAAAAUCGACAAUUUGGAUAGUGAUGAAGAAGUAGACGAAGAAGAUAUGUUACAGAAAGACAUUGAUUCCAUAGAAUCUCAAGUAGAAAUCUUCCAACUGGUAGAGUCAACAAUAAUCAAUAGUCUCAAGAUUUAUAAGAAAAUACGAAAACAAGAUAUUGAUUAUGUUUAUAAAUUUGGGAAUUCUACCGAAUCAGGCUUGAAAUACUGGAAAGCCGUGAAGGCCAUAAGGAAAGUUAUCGACAAAUAUGGACAUGGUGUCUUGAUAAAUGUACUUAUUCAUAGAGAUUUCAUUGUCAGGUCCAGGGAUUAUAAUGAAAAAUAUUGUGGCUUACUAAAGAAAUUAUAUAACCCUUUAAUAGAAGAAUUGGGUUUGGACUUCAAAUUAGAUUUACUCGAUAUGAUGAUAAAGAUAUUCGAACCUCAAACUGCUGUUGAUGAAAAAAUCAUCAAGAAAUUGGGUUUCGAAUUGAAUGAAGACCAAAUCAAACUGAUAAUCUUCUGGAUAGGUCAAAUUAUCAAUGAUUUCCACAACAAUCUUAAAGAUAAAAAGCAAAAAUUGCCAUCCCCAUUCAAUUCUCCGACCUUCUUAGCUUCAUUAAUCGAGAGAUUGAAGAACUUAAAACAUAUACAAAUACUUGAAAGACUUGAGACAAUUGAUUUUUCUCCAGAAAUGAACCAAGAUAUCUCCACUCACUUGAAGACCUUACAAACCGCCAAUAAGUUAAAGAAAUAUGAAGAUGUUUUGUCACUUGAAGACGUUGUGGAACCUGAACCUCCGGUUAAGAAACAAAAAACCCAAACACAUUAUAUUUUAGAACCUCAUGAAGAUUGGCAACCUACACCUUUUGGUACAUUAAUAUAG